UUUCAUGUUUCAUCCUCUAUUACGAGAAAGUGGUUGCAAAUCGGUUCGCGCGUGUGUAUUUUUCAAUUUUCGGUUCGAUUUUUCGGUGGAAUCCAUUUGUUGCCUAUCGCAAACCAUUUCCGGGAGUGCACUGCAAGUGGUAGCUACAGAAAAGCUCGCCCCAAUGAGGGCUAAGCACGCGAAAAUUGCAUUCGAAAAUUUUCCUCCCUCGGACGAAUUUUUCUUCCUCCAGCCUCAAUACAGCAAGGACAGCAGCGCUGAGAAGAAGAACCAAAACGUCACUCACGUCGUGAGCCACAGCAGCCGGUGCUAUCGUGCUUUGCAGCAGGAAGAAACAAUCGAACUUUCCGCGGACGGGCGGCAGCUGUUCGGCGAUAUUGUUGUUUAUCUCAUCAAGUUGGUGGCAACAAUCGAAGAGGGCUUCAACCGCGGCAGCGUUGGAAGCGCUCGUGAGCCACGUUAGAUGGAAGUAUGAACCAAGAGCCCUGCUCAAGCGCCCUUACGCAGAUUACUUAUCUGGUUACGAACUUGAAUAAAAAGAACUUUGCAUCGAGCAGCCGACAGUUAGCACAGUUGGUGAAAGACUUUGGAUUAGAAGCCGAUCGACAUUUGCUGCGUUGUUUGUUUUCUACGAUAGACUUCUCCGGUGUCGCAACUGGAGACGCCUUAGUGGACCAUUCUCGGAACAGCAGCAGCAGCAGCAGUAGCAGUAGUGGUACCAGCAGUAGUAUCAACAGUAGUUUCCAGCCGCAUAUUCGUCUUCUGCUAAGAGAACUUCUUGGACUGCUGACUAAACCGCAGCUGGUGGGGAACAUUUGCCAAGCGGUAGACAAUCCGUUUCCGUAUCAAAGGACAUUAAUACCAUCGACCAAUCUAGCUACUCAAAUAGCCAGAACUCUCAACUGUUCACCGAUUCAGGAAGCCGCUCUAUCACUAGCCCUAUUCCAUUCGUCGAACCCGGAAACAGUGCGCAGCGCGGAAGCUCUAGGCCGUAGCUGCUUGGGUGAGCUUAUCCAGUCUUACAUCGACCUUGAACCCAGCCAAACAAACCAGGAAGGAAGCCUCAAUAGCGUCUCACCUGAGCUCCUGCAGCAUAUCCUCUCGCUCGUUUCGCACGGCAAGCACCGGGAACUCGGUCUGUCGGAUACUACCUACGGGAAAUUUUUGCAGCAACUUUGUCGUGACUUUCCGCGGGAUCGUGUCCCGCUGAUUCUUGCCCCACUCCUUUACUCAGAGGAUUCGGAAAUCUCUGCCGAAUCGGUCAAACUAAAUUCGCAAGCCCUGCUGCGUUCGUCGGUGAUGGACACGGCCUGGGCCAGACUAGUAAUGGAAAUCGGUUACACUUUUACGGCCUCGCUCGAGGACUGUAAGAACCAUCUCCUGAAGGUCGGCGGGAGAGAGAUUUCAGCGCAAGAUGUAGCAAAAAUAAUUUCAUCAAUGUGCUUGACACAUGCGUCAUUAUCGGAAAGCAGCAUCAAUUUACCAACCCCUAGUAGCUUUUGGCCACAGGGAAGUGAUCCUGGAGGCAAAGGAAAAGAUGGCCAGAGUGGUGGUUCUGGCGGAGAGAAUAGCACUUGGAAGCCGGAAAUUUUCGUGCAGGCGUUGAAGGAGGUAGUUCCGGGUCUGAACUGGAAAGAUGUUUGCUUGGCACUGGAUCAUCCUGAGUUUUUGAUAAAGGAUCGUCCGGGACUGUCUCUGCUGUUGUCGAUUGUGAAGAUGGGAAUCCAAUCGAAUGGAUUAGGGCAACAUUUUCCAGUUGAAUGCGUUUAUCAGCGUUGGACCAACGUAGAGGGUCAGUUGUCGCUGAUUACGAUGAUUUUGAAGUGUCCGGAUUUGUACUCCUUUGCUGAUCACAUCUACACAAGCGUUUCGGUUGAUCUGCUGAAGACUCCUCCGGAGACGGAUAACAAAGAGGUGGCUUCUUGGAUGUCAUUACAUUUGGUGGACGUUUUACUGUACAUUGCCGAUAACGGAUUCUACGCACAGGCGAUGGAGAUAUUCAAGAUUCCAAUUCAAUUAUGUCCGGACAUUCUGUUUAUGGCAUUGCUACAGAUAAAUCCCCCGGUUACGGUGUCGCGCCAGGAACUGUUUACGACGUUGAUUCCAAUCUUUUUGGGAAACCAUCCGAAUUCGGGAACUAUUCUACAUCAUGCUUGGAACAACACCAAUUUCAACCAUUCGUUACGACAUAUAAUUUUGCAUUCAAUGAGCGAAUGGUAUCUUCGUGGUGAAAACGAUCAAUCACGUUUGUCUAGAAUUCUGGACGUCGCUCAAGAUUUGAAGGCAUUAUCCAACUUGCUGAAUGUAAGGUCAUUUAUUUUCAUCAUCGAUUUGGCAUGCUUGGCUUCCCGACGGGAGUAUCUGAAGCUAGAAAAAUGGUUAGCGGAUAAGAUUCGCGAACAUGGGGAACCCUUCGUGAAGACUAUCAUUAAGUUUUUGCAACGCCGCUGUCCGCAAAUCAUGGUAGGAAAGUUCGCCGAUGAGCAAAUUCCGAAGUCUGCUCAAUUGCCACCAGAAACGCUGAGUACAAUUUUGACUUGCUUGCAAGCUUGUGUUGGAAACGUAAGCCAAGAAGUGGCAGAGAUAAUCAUGGGAAUGGCCCAGUAUAAUUUGCUACUGACUAGCAAAACACGGGCUCAACAGGCUCCUCAACAACCACAGCCACCACCACCCGGUGUUCUGAGACCUCAUCGUGGACUUGAUGCUCCUUUCAAUGCAUCGGCUCUUGGAGGACAGAUUUUCCCAGGACCGUCCGUUGAGUCAUUAUCUGGUUUAGCUAGCAACAUGGCUGGUUUGAACCUCGGAGCUCCCGGCAACAGCGCAUUCAGCUUUGGUAGUGCGCUUGGCAAUCUGGUUUCAACGCCAGCUUCUCCUUCUAGACUGCUGGCUGGUCCAUCUAACAGUCCUUUUCCGUUAAUGUCGAUGCCGCCGUCUGCUCCUGUCGGAAACAUAGGACGUUUACCACAAACGCCUACAGGAGACAAACUUACUUUGCCGAAUGCCGGUCAGACAUCGUUCCCGGAGAUCGGCUGUCAGCAGGUGUCGAAGGAAGUAGAAGACGAAGCUAAUAGCUAUUUCCAGAGAAUUUACAAUCAUCCACCACACAACAAUUUGUCCAUCGAUGAAGUUCUAGAUAUGUUGCAGCGUUUCAAAGACUCCCCAAUUCGGCGCGAAUGUGACGUCUACCAAUGCAUGCUACGCAAUCUUUUCGAGGAAUACAAGUUCUUCCCACAGUACCCUGAUAAGGAACUGCAAAUCACAGCACAAUUGUUUGGUGGCAUGGUAGAGAGGAACUUAGUCACUACUUAUGUUGCCUUGGGAUUGGCUCUCCGGUGCGUGUUGGAUGCUCUGAAGAAACAAGAAGGAUCAAAGAUGUAUUACUUUGGUAUCACCGCGUUGGAUCGCUUCAAGAAUAAGCUACAUCUUUAUCCAAAGUACUGCGAGUAUGUUCAUUCAAUUCCACAUUUCGAUCAGUUUCCACCCCACCUAAUUGAAUACAUUGAAUAUGGUGCUCAAGGACAGGAACCACCGAAUAAAACGCUCGGCCCGGGACCACUACCGGCGUCGAUAACGCAACUUUUACCAGGACCUUCGGUUGUACCAGGGGGUAAUCCACUCUACCGCAGUAAUUCCGUCACGGGAACAAGCAACUUGACCGCGGUAGUAGCACCACCUCCAGCGAAGGUAAAUUUGGGGACACAAAUCCCCUCAACUACUCAACCACCACGCGUCAAAUCAAUUGCCAAUGCUACAAACAUUGACACUCUUCUGGUCGCCACUCAAGAUGGAGAGGAAAAGAUAAUUACGCCACCCGAUGCUAUGCAGGACAAAACCGCCUUUAUCUUCAACAAUUUGAGUCAGAUAAAUCUACAGCAAAAGUGUGAAGAGAUCAAGGACAUACUUCAAAAAGAUUAUUACGCUUGGCUGGCUCAGUAUUUGGUACUGAAGCGAGCAUCCAUUGAAGUGAACUUCCAUGUUCUCUAUUCAAACUUUUUGGAUGCACUAAAGAUAUUGGAGAUAAAUAAGUUGGUGACUAAAGAAACUUUUCGCAAUAUCAAGGUUCUGUUGCGGUCAGAUAAAGGAAUCGCCAACUUUUCCGAUCGCAGCUUAUUGAAAAACCUUGGUCACUGGCUUGGAAUGAUGACUCUAGGACGCAAUAAACCAAUUCUGCAGUUGGACAUUGAUAUGAAAUCGUUGCUCGUGGAGGCGUACAAUAAGGGUCAGCAGGAACUACUGUAUGUGGUUCCAUUCGUCGCCAAAGUGCUGGAAUCCUGUGCUAAGAGCAAGGUGUUCAAACCGCCGAAUCCUUGGACUAUGGCCAUAAUGAACGUGUUGGCCGAGUUGCAUCAAGAGCCGGAUCUUAAGCUGAAUCUUAAGUUUGAAAUCGAAGUGUUAUGCAAAAAUCUAAACAUCGACGUAACAGAUUUGAAACCCGCUGUCUAUUUGAAGGAUCCGGAGCGUGCUCAGAACAUCGAAUAUCAGCUUUCGCAGCCGAAACCGGCUAAGGAGUUACAGCCUGCUAUGGCAGUCAUGCAACAAGUUGCUGAGGAAAUGGUAACUACAGGACCGGCUGGUUCACCAGCCAUCCCAGCGAUGGAUCCAUCGUUGGCAGUUACAGGUCCGCCAGAGCCACGUUUCCACUAUUCAGAUAUAAACAUCUCUAGCUUCGCGUGUAUCAAUCAACAUGUAACGUAUUCGCCAAACAUCGGUCUACUUCACACGCAUCCCCACUUGAAGCAGAUCGUGAAAACCGCUCUGGAACGAACCAUAACCGAUUGGAUCACACCAGUUGUUGAGCGCAGCGUUAAAAUCGCCUCGAAAACGUGUGAGCAAAUUAUCAAAAAGGACUUCGCUCUGGACUCUGAUGAGAUGCGAAUGCGUACAGCAUCCCACAAUCUUGCUCGUAAUUUGGCGGCUGGUAUGGCCAUGAUUACUUGCCGCGACCAGUUGAUGCAAAACAUUCAGAACAAUAUCAAAACCGCCUUCAUGACCACGUUAAGUCCCACCCAAAAAGACGUUGCGGAUGCGGCAGCAAAUCAGCUAGCUGCGGACAACAUGGAACUGGUCUCAGCAUUCAUCCAGAAAACCGCCAUUGAGAAAGUGGUUCCCGAAAUGGACAAACUUCUAGCGACCGAGUACGAUAUGCGCAAACUUGCCCGCCAAGAGGGACGCCGAUAUUGCGAUGCUAGCGUAUUGACCUACCAGGCCGAGCGAAUGCCGGAGCGAAUCCGUUUGAGCGUCGGAGGUGUGUCGCUCAGUCAGCUGGCAGUCUACGAAGAGUUUGCGAGAAACAUUCCGGGCUUCCAGCCGAUUACCGAGCGGGAUAAUGCGCUUUUUGCGCCCAAGUUGGAACCGAUACCUCAACAACCACAGGUGCCGCAGUUUACGGCUGCCGCUGUCACUCCGGAUGAAAUUGGCGUUCUUUAUGAUGAGUUAGCUAGCAAGAUGGAAGCGUUUCUCAACACUGCCGUUAAUAUGCCGCAGUUACAGGUUCACCUCAACAACAUGCAUACCUUGCUGGAGUGCCUCAUUAUUGCUCGUCGUUCCCGGGAUAAUCUAACCGCGUGCAAUCUGCUGAACAAAUCGGUCGAGGGUAUAAUGGAUGGUCUGAUGAAUAUUCCGGACCAUAUCGAGCAAAUUAAACUAUACCGAGACAUUCAUUUGCGUGUGAUGCGCCUGCUGCAAGAUCCUCGGGCCUUCGGGCCGGUGUGGACGAACAAGGCUAUCACUCGUUAUAUGCUCGAAUGUCGCGAAGAAAUUCGCUACAACGUGGAAGCGGUUGAUUUGCUCAUUUCGUCAAAUUUUGUCAACAUGCCACAGUACGAUAUGAUGCUGAUGCAGCUGAUGGACAAUGGCAGCAACUAUAUGGCCGUCAUGUUUGCAAUGCAGUUAGUUCAAACUUAUAUCAUCGAUGAACGCCCCAAUUCGGUUAUAACCGAGAACGAUUUGUUGAAUACAAUCGAUCUGCUAGCUAGGCUGUCUGUUCACUCCCGUGCUCCGGAAGGACUGGCCCAUCUGAUUGAAAUGUUACGCUCGAACCAUGACCCCAAUACGUUCCUGGUGGAUCGCGCAUUCGCUGGACCGACGUCGUACAUCCACUCGGGAAUUAUUCAAGCUAGGGCAACCGACAUUGAGGAUCCACCAGGUUUUGCCGACAGAACCGAGUAUCUAUUGAAAGAUUGGAUCACUAUUUAUCACACUCAGGCAGCCGGUCGGGACCCAAUUAAAGCCUUCAGUAUCUUCGUGAACAAAAUGAAUGUGUACGGAAUUCUGAAAGGCGAUGAGCCGUUAACACGAUUCUUCCGUCACGCAACACAGUGUUGCAUCGAUCUGACUUACCGGAAUAUGACUGAUCCAACUUCGAAGACUAAGAUAUUCCAGUGGAUCGAUGCGUACGUGCGGUUGAUUGCCCUACUUGUGAAACAUUCUGGAGAGAGUGGCAAUUCGAGCACCAAACUGAAUUUGUUGAACAAGGUACUUGGCAUCGUAGUUGGAAUAUUACUACAGGAUCAGGAAGUGCACGGUACAACCUUCCAACAACUUGGCUACCACCGAAUUUUCAUCAUGCUAUUUCUGGAACUGAGUGCCCAUGAUCCAGUGCUGGAGAACAUCAGCUUGAGCGUGAUCACAGCAUUCUGUCACACGUUCCACAUUUUAAGACCAUCUUUGGCUCCGGGAUUCUGCUACUCCUGGUUGGAAUUAAUCUCCCAUCGCGUGUUCAUUGGUCGCAUUCUUGCAUCGAUACCUCAACAAAAGGGAUGGUCUAUGUACUCGCAAUUGCUUAUCGACCUCUUCAAAUAUCUAGCGCCGUUCCUGCGGAAUGCAGAACUAGCAAAACCAGUACAGCAUCUCUACAAAGGAACAUUGCGUGUGUUAUUGGUGCUACUGCACGAUUUCCCUGAAUUUCUAUGCGAUUAUCACUUUGGUUUCUGUGAUGUGAUCCCUCCGAAUUGCAUUCAAAUGAGAAAUCUCAUUCUGUCAGCCUAUCCGAGGAAUAUGCGACUGCCCGAUCCGUUUACACCUAACUUGAAGGUUGACAUGCUAACCGACAUUGGAGGAGCACCCAGAAUCUUCACUAACUAUGCUGCAGCUAUAACGCCUAGCAGCUUCAAAAAAGAUUUAGACUCGUAUCUGAAAGCACGUUCGCCGGUAACGUUCUUGUCUGAGCUCCGCAGCAAUUUGCAGAUUUCGAAUGAACCUGGCUCUCGUUAUAACAUCCCGCUGAUGAAUGCCUUGGUUCUGUACGUCGGAACUCAGGCAAUCGCUCACAUUCGCAGUUCGAAAAAUGUGUGUCCCACGAUGACUACCAUCGUGCACAGUGCUCACAUGGACAUCUUCCAGAAUCUUGCGGUAGAUCUGGACAAUGAAGGUCGCUACCUAUUCCUGAAUGCGAUUGCCAAUCAGCUGCGCUACCCGAAUAGUCAUACGCACUACUUCAGCUGUGCAAUUCUGUACCUCUUCGUGGAGGCCAAUUCGGAGGCGAUACAGGAACAAAUCACGCGCGUUCUGCUGGAACGGCUGAUCGUCAAUCGUCCUCACCCGUGGGGUCUGCUGAUUACGUUCAUAGAGCUCAUCAAGAAUCCAUCAUACAAGUUCUGGGACCAUGAUUUUGUUCACUGCGCGCCGGAAAUCGAAAAGUUAUUCGAAUCAGUAGCCAAUUCAUGCAUGGUGGUUAAAUCUAAGAGUCAGCAACAGAUGCCGAAUGUGGAAUCGGAAAUUGCGGAAUGCAAUUAGAGCGCCCCGGCUUGGUGGCGGUGAAAAAGUUUGCGAGGAAAGGAUGUUCCGCUGGAAACACGGCGACGAGAACGUUGGUAGGCGAUAAGUGAAAAGAGAUAAACACUGUUUUAAACAUGUAGUUUAUGCGUAACAACCAGAUAAGUUGAUUAUCGUGGUGGUGUUAGGCUACAAAUCUCAACGGUUUGCUGUGCAGUCGUUUGGAUACAAGCCAAUAUUUAUUGUUUCCUUUUUUAAAAGUUUGAAAAUCGGCUGAAUAUUUCUUUUUUGUUUGAAACUGAAUUUAUAACCUAAUUCGGGUGUGUGCUUGUACAUAUACUAACUUCACGCCCUUGUAAUGUUUUUAUAUCACAUAUUGGUAGGAAAAAUCACAUGUUUAGUGUCAUUUCUGUACUGCAACUUAUGAUAUAAGUAUAUACCGAGUGGUCCAAAACAAAAGCAAAAAUAAAACUAAACAUUACUAACGCAGUAACAGUAUAAGGGCAUGUGUUCCACACGUGUGUCGUUCAAUAAUAAUAAUGGGUUCUAAACCUAACCGAAAAUAAUAAAAUUGAAUAGAGAAAAAAUCGAUAAUGUCAAACUAAUCUAACUAGGUAUGUCUUAGGACCUACAUGUUAACACGUGUGCAGUAUCGAUUCUACCUAAUUAUUGAUUUAUGAAUAAAUUUCGAAUAAAUGAAA